GCCCACCUAGUCAGCCCGACGUUUGCAUUUUUAAAACAAUGGUUUAUAUAGAUCCUGAGUUUGUUCUACCCACGAUCCCCGAGAACGAGAGUGGUGGAGGGACCGAGGUAGAUGCCAAUGUAUUAGCGGCUCUUCCCGAGGGUACCGUCAUCAAAUGGGUUCAGCCAUAUGGCAUUAGCUUUUGGGCUCUCAGCAAAACCGUCGAUGCUAUUAUGCCAGAUGGACGGGAGCAGCGCUACUUUUUGAAGGUAUACAACGCAGCCCGCGCCUUCGAGAUUGCCCGUGGCGAGUAUGAAAGCACCAAGGAACUCGUGGCCGCUAUCCCAGGUGGUGCACCAACCCCAGUUGGCUUCGGUGUCUACGCAGAUGAUCCUACUCGCGCCUUUUUCCUUGCCGAGUUCCGUGACAUGAAGGACGUGCUCCCGGGUGACAAGGAAUUGGUCUCCCUUGUGGCCAAGAUCCACCAGAAGACGUCUCCUAACGGGAAGUUUGGCUACCACGUCACUACCUUCAGUGGUAAGCAUCCAACAGACACAACUUGGUGUGACACAUGGGAGGAGUUCUUCACCCGGUCAAUGAAGGACACGAUGCAAGCCGAGUUGGCUACUCAGGGGCCGCAUGCGGAACUGGAGGAGUUGAGUGAAAAGAUCUUGACUAAGGUGAUUCCUCGCCUAAUCCGGCCCAUGGAGACGGGUGGUCGAAAGAUCACACCUGUUCUCGUGCAUGGCGACCUAUGGCAUGGCAACAUCUCCGUCGACUGUGAGACAGAGGAGCCUGUCGUCUACGAUCCGUGCUGCUUCUAUGGCCAUAAUGAAUAUGACUUCUCCAUGUGGAGAGCGGACAGAUAUCGGACCAAGGAUAGACAUGUUUCUGCUUACUUCGAUCUUCCCGGCAUGGAGCCCAACGAGCCUAGCGAUGAAGUAUGGGAUCGCAACGCCCUCUAUGCAAUGCGCAGCGACCUUGCUGUCUCGAUUCUUUGGCCUGCCAAUAAAAACAUGAGAGAACUCGCUUUGAACGAGAUGAGACGGUUGGUUGCCAAGUAUGGUGAAGGAUAUACAGACGAGGAAUACAUCGUGGUGUCCGAAGCCCCGCAAGAAGUCCUGUCCGGUGAAUCAUCCGUGGGCGAGGAUGACAAAGGUCACUUCAACUGGAAAUCGGGACUGAUGCCAGUCCCGACAAAUGCUUGACGAACUCCAAACCGGGGUGGUUGCAGGGCGCUUGUGGAAGGAUAUAUCAGGAUCAGUUAAACGCAACGGUUACCUGACAGUAGGAGGUAAUUUCAGUGAUUCCUUCUGGAUCCCCAUGACACCGCUGCGUCCAACCGAACCUGAAUAUCUCCAGUCAUGCAAAUAAGGUGACAAAGAAUGAAUCUUCAAUCUAUGGGUGGUAAUCUAGGUAGUUGCUAUAACACAACAGAGCUCCUACAAGAGUCAAUCUACAUCAUACUACCUAAGUAUCACCGCCAGCU